UAUUUGCACAAUAUAACACGUGAAUAUUUAUUUCCGUAUCACAAAUGAACCAUACUUAUGAAAUUCCCCUUAUUGAACUCACAAUAUGAAUUUAAGAUGGGAAGAAAUAUUUGUUGCUCGAUUAGUUUUUCUGCACUCUCAAAUCAACAUGGCGGAUCAAAAUUUAGAAAUUCUUGAAAGUCGACUGAAAUCUUUAGAAAACUCCGUCUAUGGGGACUCAAAUAAAGAUCUGUCAUAUCCAAAGGUGAUUGACAGUUUAAGUAAUAUAGAUAAGCAACUAAACACUGCAGUGGCCUCUAGGGACAAAAUAAAGAAACUAUUAGACCAGACCCCUCUGAUGGAAAAAUACUUGGACCCAACCUAUGCUUCCGAGUCAGGUCUCUCACAAACAGCAAAGGUUGACAUCAUUUUAUCAGAAGAGGACCAAAUUAGGAAACUUGCUGCAGACUUCGAAAAAAUAAAAAAUGCAACACAAAGUUUAGAUAGUGAGCAUCUGAAAGGAAUUCCCAAGGUAGCCUCUAGACUCCAACAGCUAGCACAGGUGAACAUAGAUCAGAAAGAACAGGUUGGUCAGCUGACAGAAGACGUUAGGAAUCUCCUAGUUGAAUACAACAAUACUAUAUCAUUACUUUCCAAACAGUUUAUACAGUGGGAUGAGAUUGUGACACAACUAGAAAUCGAUGCCCAACCAAAGAAGUCAUAUGACUGACAUUUUUGCGCUGAUACAUUGAUACUCUGAGGUGAUACUACUUCCAGUGAACAUUAACAUCAAAUGUUAAUUCCUUUUAUUGACACCACAGGUGUCAGGACUCUAAAACAAGUGUGUAUAACUUUAAGCAGAGACAAUUCCAUAUAAAAUAGUAUAUGUGA